AGCAUGUCGCCUCCUGUUGCUGCGCCUCACUGUGGGAUCUGCUGUCGACCUUUCAGACUGAACACAUGAACGCAGAACGCUUUUUUUAAUGCGUUUACUCGCAUGUGAAACCCGGAGCUUUGGAGGAGUGAACCAGCACAGCGUCUCCUCUGAGUUUGGAGGGGGGGGGGGGGGAUAGCAAGGCUUGUCAUUGCGGGGAUUGUUUUUUUUUUUACACAACUUGGCAGAGAAGUCGUUUGCUGCUGGAGCUGUUUGUUUGCAGAUAAAGUGUGAAACAAGUGUCAAAAAAGAAAGCAACAGAUGUUUUUGGUGGAUAUGCGGCCGGCUGAGGAAUGAGAGCAGCAGCGAGGCACCGGCGGCCCUUCCAGCGGUUCUGCUGCUGUGGAGUCGGGCUGGUCGCCGUCAUGUGGAUCGCUCAGGUCCUCCAGGCACCAGAGACGGAGUCUUCUGUGUUUCGGCCAGGCGUGAACGGCGAGGAGCUGCGAUGGACUCGCCGGCUGAUGCAAGAGAAGUCAGACAACCAGAGCGUGGAUCAGCCCCGGGCAGCCAUCCAUGAGUUUCCCGAGGACAUCUUUACCAAGGAGCAGAGGAAGAAGGGGGCCGUGUGUCUGCAUGCUCUCUGUGCCAUCUACAUGUUCUACGCUCUGGCCCUCGUCUGCGAUGACUACUUCGUCCCGUCUCUUGAGAAAAUAUCUGAGAACCUGCAGCUUAGUGAAGAUGUGGCCGGAGCGACAUUUAUGGCAGCAGGAAGCUCUGCUCCAGAGCUGUUCACCUCUCUCAUUGGUGUUUUCAUCACCAAAGGAGACGUUGGAGUCGGUACGAUUGUUGGCUCUGCCGUCUUCAACAUCUUGGUCAUCAUUGGACUGUGUGGGAUCUUUGCAGGCCAGACAGUGGUUUUAACAUGGUGGUCUCUUUUUAGAGAUUCCACAUACUACAUCCUCUCUGUGCUGACUCUCAUCAUGGUCAUCUAUGAUGCCACAGUGGUCUGGUGGGAGUCCUUGCUUCUCAUGACCAUGUAUGGGAUCUACAUUAUAAUCAUGAAGUUCAACUCCCAGAUUCUGGCGUUUGUGACGCGUCAGCUGAACAGCUCCGGGCCGUGCUGCUGCGGGUCCGAGAUCACACGGGACGGCAAGACGGGAGAGGACGCCUCUGCCUGCAACACGUCCAUGGUGCUUCUCAACAAAGGCCAAGUGCACAACCAAGAGACUCCUCCAGUCGUCAUGGUGGAUGAGCUGCUCAUCCUCAACCCUCACAAACUGACCUUCUCCGACGCCGGACUGCGCGUCAUGAUCAGCCCCCACUUCUCUCCCCGCACCAGGCUCUCCAUGGCAGGACGCGUGCUCAUCAGUGAGAGACAGAGGCUGAUCCAGAGCUCGAAAGACGGCGAGGCCAGCCCCGGGUCACGAGGGGGGUCAACCAGCAACAGCCUGAAGAGAUCGGGCUCCUGCGGUGUGGAGAACGGAGGCAAGACUCCCGCAAUAGGGGACGCAGAGUCAGGAGAAAAGCCGGGGGUUGAGGUGUGCCAGACAGAGGAGGAGGACGAUGAAGAUGAGAUUUUUAGUCCUGUGCGCAUACCAGGUAGUUGGUGUGGGCGGGGGAAGUGGUUGUUCAAAUGGCCUCUGGGUCUCCUGCUGUACUGCACUGUACCUAACUGUAUCCGGCCACGCUGGCACCGCUGGUUCAUGGUCACGUUCGUGGCCUCCACCCUGUGGAUCGCCAUCUUCUCCUACCUCAUGGUGUGGAUGGUCACCAUCAUCAGCUAUACACUAGACAUCCCAGACUACAUCAUGGGGAUAACCUUCCUGGCAGCGGGGACCAGCGUGCCCGACUGCAUGGCAAGUCUGAUUGUAGCUCGACAAGGCAUGGGGGACAUGGCAGUGUCUAACUCCAUAGGCAGCAAUAUUUUUGACAUCCUGCUGGGUUUGGGUUUCCCCUGGGCUUUGCGUACCCUUGUGGUGGAGCACGGAUCAUCAGUGUCGAUAAAUAAUAAAGGAUUGGUGUAUUCUGUCGUCCUGCUGCUGGCAUCUGUGUUUCUGACGGUGAUGAGCGUUCACCUGAACCACUGGAAGCUGGAUCGCCGGCUGGGUCUGGGCCUGCUGUUCCUCUACGCCAUCUUCCUGCUCUGCUCCAUCCUCUUCGGACAGAUGUGAGGCCUGGAGGUCAAAGGUCGACCCUGUCCGAGCUAACACGCAUCCUCUUUCCCCCGAAGCCAAAAAAGAGUGAGAGCUUCGUCGUGUUCCUUGUGAGAGUUUCCGUGCACGGUCCAUACUUUCCACCUGCAUCCACACAAACGCACAGAGAAGUCUCCUAUCAAUAGCACAAUUUCCUUCCUUUUGCACGGUGCAGAGUUCAAAACAAUCACACAUAGAAAGGAAAAUAUUCAAUGACAUAGCUGGCUUGUUGGGCCUUUUAAUAACAAUAUGAAACAGGAAGUGGAAUGGCUCCCAAAUGUCUUUACGAUAAAUAGAACAGAAGUAAAUGUAAUGAAACAAUGAUUCAGUUUGAAUAUACAGAAACCAAUCACAAUGCCUUGUCUAAUAAGAUUCUUUGCCAAAAUCUUCGGUCUGGAGAUGGAUCACUUCCUGCUAAAACUCAGCCAAGUUAACAUCACAGCUAACUUACUCAAUGAUGCAUCUUCACAAUUUUAAUAAAGCAAUAAUCCAUCAGAAGUUUAGGUUUCCAGUGAUUUGAAAAAGACUGUUGCUUCCUGUUUUCAUUUGUUCAACGUUAUUAUGUAGAUGUUCAGUGUUGGUGCUCUGACAGCUGCUGCAGCCGAGCAGAUGCAUCACGGAGCGACGAGUGAGAGCAAUCAAAAGUUAUUUAUGAUCGAGAGAAUAUGUACAUGUAAUCCCCCCAUCAGUUCAGGCUGGUGAGGAAUGGUUCAAUAGUGUCUCAGGCAACAGUAAUCCAGCUGUUUGAGCAGGAUAGAGCAGAGGAGAUUCACUAACGAGAUUACCCCAUCACAAUCCUUCUAGUCUAUAGUUCUGAACAAACUCUCUUAUCAAUUUAAUCUGGGGACCAGGAUGUGUGAAAGACAAAGUCGGCUCUGGUGAAAAAAACAUACUAUAUUUAUUUGAAGUACCUGAAGGAAUUUCUAUAUACAAAUAUUAAUAUAUACUUGAUGGUUUUAGUGGCCACUGUGUACACAGCAUUAGGCUGAAUGGUUGAAACCUGCAGAUUGUACAGAUGUUAAAAAAAAGGUACUUUAUCUGCCACGUUAUGCCUGGACCUACCGUUCAAGAUUUUAAAAAAGUCCGAUUAUUAUUGUCUGUUGGCCUUGGGUGCGAACACCCUUGUAUGUAUUUGAAUGUAAAACCUUGCUGACUUUACCAUUAGUGUGGACAUAUUUACAUGCAUUCAAAUGUAGCACUGAAUCACAGCGAGGGACCUCUGACCCGACAGAGGAACUUUAGUCCUGCUUUAGAGGACGUGAUGUUUGUGUCAGUAGAAAUGUAACAUUGAUAUGAAAAUGCACACUGUUGUGACAAUAUGUUGAUGAGUUUCGCCUCCUUCUAAGCAAGUAUUGGUACAUCUUAAUGUACGUAAAGAGAUUAACCUAGUGUUACAGUAUUUUUAGAAGUCUUAUUAUUCUGAAAUCUUAUAGAUAAUGAACUGCAAAGAGUGUCACAUACUUUGAUGACUCUGAGUGCAGGUUAGUAAUACUUCACGUUUAGGUACGACAAUCGAUGUUUGUAUUGUUUCUUGUACAUUUUAAUGCGAGGAUUUCACUUUGGUGGGACAUUUUCACUCGAAGAGGACAGAAACAGCAGUGUGUGUAUGUGGCAAAUGAUGCUGCGUAUUCCUAUAAACCUGCUGCUCCUCUGUCCUUUUUAUACGAGCAUUAUGAAACCAUUUGGACCCAUUUAACUACCCCCUAAGAAUUCAACACUAAAUGUUCCACCAAAGCGAUACAGGCAACUUUCUGUCUUCAUUUCAAAUGGCUGUAUAAUUAUUAUCAUUGUCUACUAGACAAUACUUUUUACUGUUUGUAAAUGUUAAAUAAUUGACAUAGUUUUACAACAAUGAAUGUCUGACAGACUAGUUUUGUGGUGGUUUUUUGAUAUUUAAAAAAAAGAAACAUAAUGUAAGCCUGCUUGUGAAUUAUUGUAACGGGUGAAUGCAUAUUUUGUGAUUUUGUUUAGUGGAGUAUGAUGCUGUGACGUCAGAAUAGCACUCAGUUUGGUAUGAAUUCAAUUGCAGUUGUGUCCUAAAAACUGUUCAUCAUACCAUUUUUCUCUAAUGUAAGUAAUUGCUUAUUUAAUGCAAGGGAAUACAGAAAAUAAAGCUCCUGUUUACAGGUUUGAAAUUGAAAUGUUUAGAACGCGUUAAAGAAUAAAAGAUGUGCCACUGAAUUUAAAUUAGUUAGCAUUUGACCUUUUCUCACAAAGUUGUAGCACCAAUUAUCCAAAAUGACUCUUUUAGCUACAGAUUAAAAGUCUGGUUACAUUCAAACAUUUCUUAUCUGACCUGCCUAAAUGUCAUGCUAGGAUUUCUUUUUUUUUUAAAAAUCCCAUGAAUGUAUCUUUGAUGGUUUUAAGGGCGAUGGAUGUGCUGUUAAAAUGUCAAAAAAAGCAAAGGUAUUGUGAUAGUCCUCCUACAGAUGUCCUAAAAGCUACACUCCAACAAUGCUUUCUGCUCGUCCGAUAAAUAAGUAGUGGUGAAACAAAUAAAUAAGCAAUUGUAAGUUUAUAAACGAUCUCUUCCGAUCAUGAACACUUUCAAAAACCCACUCGUCGCAACUUUGGAAAUGUGAGGAUAUGCUGCGUUUCUAUUUGGGACGACUGGCUGAAUCAAUUGGAAAAGGUGAAUACAUGACGAGAGUUAUAGUUUGUGCUCUUCUUUUGAUUCCACCUGUUUUGUUUGCACUGUUUUUGUAUUCUCUGAAGUAGAACCCUUUCUCUGCAAAUCCCCCACUACCUUCAUCCUUGUGAAACACCCUCAGUAACUAAUCGUGUUUUACCUGGAGAAUAUUUACUCCCUUUUGUGAUGUUGUCUCACACCGUUGGGAGUCUCUUCUGUUAACUCUUGUAUUACGUAGUAAUAAUCUCAAUUUGCGAGAGACACAACAGCACCAAAGCACCAAAGCGUCGAACUCCAGUAAACUUGUUGUAGUUUCGCUCCAGAAUGUUCUCUUUAAAACGCUGCGAUGUGGGAGGUAGAGGAUGUUUUAGAGCUGAAAUGUGUUAGAGGUUGUAUCGGAUCAUAGAAGACUGUUGUAUCUUGAGACCAAUUAAAAAUGUGCAAUAACAA